AUGCUGACGGACGAAAACAUGGACGCCAAGUCUUAUCUCUGUUACGACCCCUUGGCUCUCAGAGAAACAGAGAUGUCUCUCUACCAUGUUAUCGGCGAGCAGUACCCUUCCCACCCCUCCACCUCCUCCUCCAAUUCUCCCCUCAAUCUCAUCAACGGAGACCUCGACCUCUCCGUCAGCGAUUACGCUGGAUUUGCUGGCUCCACUGAAUUCCUCGAUCCCCAGUGGAACGCUCUGGCUACUACUACUUUCGGAGAUUCGAGGAAAACCUCUGUUCUUACUCUGCCCUACGAUUGGCAGCAGCAGCCGGCGGCCGCUCCUUCUUUCGACGACAUGAUGAAGAAUAUGUUCAGCAAUGAGGAAUCCGUUCUCCAGUUCAACAAAGGGCUAGAGGAAGCUCAGAAAUUCCUCCCCGUCCCCAAUACCCUGCUCGUCGAUUUGGAAACCAACUCCCAAAACGUGAACAGUAUCAGUAGGAAGAACAAUCACAAGAGGGAAGAGGAUUCAGAAUUAGAGGAAGGAAGGAGUACAAAGCAGACUGCAAUCCAUCACGAGGAAGAAGGGGAACUAACGGAGAUGUUCGACAAGGUACUGCUGUUGCCAGAGGGGCAGCCAAUCUGCUGUGGGAUGGAGUAUCAGAAGCAGCCGGAGGUCCCCGAGAAAAAAUCAUCCCCGAAGCACAACGGCGGCCGAAAAGCGCGCGGCGGCGGCAAGAAACAAGGGAAGAACAAGAAGGACGACGAAGAAACGGUUGAUUUGAGAGGGCUUCUCGUCCUCUGCGCACAAGCCGUGUCUUCCAGCGACUUCAGGACCGCGAACGAGCUUCUCAAGCAAAUCAGACAGAAUUCUUCCCCAACCGGCGACGGAUCCCAGCGCCUCGCCCAUUUCUUCGCCAACGGGCUGGAGGCGCGUUUGGCCGGCAGCAGCCCUCAGAUCCCCAAUUUCUUCUCCUCAAUUAGCUCCAACAGAAUCUCCGCCGCGGAUAUCCUGAAAGCCUACAAGACCCACCUCCAGGCAUGCCCGUUCAAAAAAUUGUCGAUUCUGUUCGCCAACAAGACGAUCUACCACGCGGCGGAGCACGCCGCCACCCUCCACAUCGUCGAUUUCGGGAUAAUGUUCGGCUUCCAGUGGCCGAUCCUCAUCCAGUUCCUCGCGAUGCGCCCCGGCGGCCCUCCCAAGCUCCGGAUCACCGGGAUCGAGCUCCCGCAGCGAGGGUUCCGGCCGUCGGAGCGCAACGAGGAGACAGGCCGCCGCCUCGCCAAGUACUGCGAGCGGUUCGGGGUGCCGUUCGAGUACCAUCCGAUCGCGUCGCAGAAUUGGGAGUCCAUCGAAAUGGAGGAUUUGAAAAUCGAGGCAGGGGAGGUGGUCGCGGUGAACUCGCUCUGCCGGCUGAAGAACCUUCUGGAGGAAUCGAUCGAUUCGAAUUCGCCGAGGAACGCGGUGCUGAAGCUGAUCAAGAGGAUGAAGCCGGACAUCUUCGUGCAGACGGUGAUCAACGGCGCGUACAACGCGCCCUUCUUCGUGACGCGGUUCAGGGAGGCGCUGUUCCAUUUCUCGUCGCUGUUCGACAUCUUCGAGUGCACGCUGGGGCGGGAGGACCCGGAGAGGAUGAUGUUCGAGAGGGAGAUCUACGGGCGGGAGCUGAUGAACGCGGUGGCGGCGGAAGGAGCGGAGAGGGUGGAGCGGCCGGAGACGUACAAGCAGUGGCAGAUUAGGAAUGUGAGGGCCGGGUUCAAGGCGGUGCCGUUGAGCAAGGAGCUGUUGGAGAAGGUGAGGGGGAAGAUGAAGUCGAUGUACCACAAGGAUUUUGUACUGGAUCAGGAUGGCAACUGGAUGUUGCAAGGAUGGAAAGGACGGAUCAUCUAUGCGUCGUCGUGUUGGGUGCCAGCUUAG